AUGAUAGGCAGCAAAAUGGCGUCCGCCAGCAGGGUCGUUCAGGUGGUUAAGCCACAUACUCCGUUAAUAAGGUUCCCUGAUAGAAAUGACAACCCUAAACUCAAUGUAUCAGAAGCUCUGAGAUCAGCAGGAAUCCCAUUGCAUUCCUCUGCAAUGUCACAGCAUUCGAAGGGAAGUAAAUCACCAGACUUGCUCAUGCAUCAGGGGCCACCGGACACUGCGGAAAUACUAAAAACAUUACCUCAGAAAUACAGAAGGAAACUUAUGUCUCAAGAAGAAAUGGAGUUUAUCCACCGUGGAGGUCCCGAAUAA